ACGUGAGUUAUGUCACUGUCAACGAAAGCGUAUCGUAUAGUAUAAAAUAAAUAUCUAAAGAAAAAAAAACAAUAAUAUACAGAAAAAGUGCUGAAUUUUAUAUUAAAUUGUGUGACGAGAGAUUAUACAACGUAUUAUGAAUCACCUUCGAUCGACUGUGAAUGCUGUCAGGAGGAUGCCAUGCCUCGCAAUGUCGAGUGAUGCAGGGAAGACCAUGUACACAACUUAUAUGGAAAUCCCUGUUUAUGAUGUAAACAGACCACAGACUCUUGAAAAGCGUAAGGCAAGGCUCCACUACCAAUCGCGUAAACGAGGGAUGCUGGAAAACGACCUACUUCUCAGCACCUUCGCUAAGAAAUACCUCGAUGGAUUCAACGAGGAACAGACGCUCAUGUACGACCGGCUCAUCAACUCGCCCAGCAACGACUGGGACAUCUUCUAUUGGAUUGUGCAGAAAAAACCUACCCCCCAGGAGUUCAACAAUGAAAUCAUGGACCUUCUAAAGAAACAUGCUAGAAAUGAGGAGAAAGUUGCUCUUCGCCAACCAAAUCUGCAUUAGAAACGAAUUAGGAAUAUUUUUGCUGAAAUUAUAGUCAAAAUGCUUUUGGUACAUGCUAGUUACAAGAUCUUUUUUUAAUUUUUAAAAUAGUUACAAGACCUAGUUACCACAAAGUAUUAUGAUUAAUUAAUAGAGGUCAAGUUGCAAAGUUGUGUGUAAUUACUAUAAUACUUUAUAAUUAUAUAGUUUUCUUUUAAUACAUUUUAAAUAUAGAAGACAA